AUGAAGAGCAAGCCAAUGAUUAUAGAAAAAACACAAGUUGAUCCUCCUCGCCGAGUAUUAUUUAAUACGCUUGUAGAAGCAAACAGUAUUCCAUACCAUCAUUCAUUAUCUGUACCAACUGUCUCCAAAGUUUCUCGUCAAAUGUCAACUGGUUUGGUUACUCAUCAACAUAAUAAUAAAUCAUUACCCGUCGUAACUCAAGAGAUCAACCGUGAAACAUUCACUACAGCUCAGGAUGAAUCCACAAAACCAACUACUACUCAAAAUGUUGACAAAUUACUAAACAAUCAAACACACGCUGCCAAUACCGCAAAAAUUAAUCAACAUUAUCAGCCAUCAACAAAGACAACUAACUCAUGGUCAAAUGAAGUGAAUUUCAAAGAUAUACAUAACCAAACGUCGAAUACAAAUAAAAAGAUAUGCUCCAAUAAAAGUUGUUUCCGAUAUUCACCCAUCUGCUUAAUACUAUUUCCACUGGCAUUCAUUCUCGUCGCUACGAGUAUUGCUGCAAUAAUUGUCGCUGUAAUUACCGUACCUAAAACAACAACAACAAGAACAACCGCUACAACAACAACAGCAACGACAACCACAGCAACGACAGCUACUACAGCAACUACAACAACAACAACAACGACUACAACAACAUCGACGACAACAACUACAACAAGUACUAAAACUACAUCAACAACAUCAACAACAACAACCACAUCAACAACAUCAACAACAUCAACAACAUCAACAACAUCAACAACAACAACGACAACAACUACUAAAACUACAUCAACAACAUCAACAACAACAACUACAUCAACUACUAAAACUACAUCAACUACUAAAACUACAACAACAACAACAACGACAACAACAACAACAACUACUACAACUACUAAAACUACUAAAACUACAUCAACUACAACAACUACAACUGCUACAACAACAACUACAAAAACGACGGCAACAGCUACAACAACAACAACGACUUGCUUUUUUGGUGAUGAUCAAGUUCGUCUGGUUAAUGGAGAUAUAACAACAAUUAGUGAACUUCGUUCAGGUAUGAAAGUUUAUUCAAUGAAUAAUCGUAAUGAAAUAAUGGAGGAUGAAGUUAUAAUGAUGCUUCAUCGUGAUCCAGAUGAAACGGAUCUAUUUUGUAUUAUCGAAACAAGUAAUCCUAUAUAUACGCUAUCUGUUACUUGUGAUCAUUAUGUGGCUGUUAGUGAUGGUUCAAAGACACAAUAUUUAAUAUCAGAUCAUGUAAAAUCAACAGAACAUUUUGUUUAUGUACACAAUGAUCUAAAUCAUCAACUUGAGCUUAUCCAAGUUACAAAUGUGAACCGUCAAUAUAAAACUGGAUUAUAUGGUUUAACGACAAAUGAAGGAACAUUAAUUGUUAAUAAUAUUGUUGCAUCAUGCUAUAGUAAUGUUACUACAAUUACAAUUGCACAUAAUGUUUUAGGAUUAUUUCGUGUAUAUUACAGAGUAGCUAAAUGGUUUUCUGUUGAAGAACCGUUUAAAAUUCGAACAAAUGGAAUACCAGAACCAAUCAAAUCUCUAUUAGAUAAUAUAACGUUUGUCAUCUUUUGUCAUGAUUUAAUUGUCAAUAGCGUAUUGUUAGUGGAACUUGAAGUGCUAAUUACAAUUAGUUAUUUAGUACAAAUUAUUGUACAAAAAAAUAUCAUAACAAUUGGAAGCACUAAGUGA